UGCGAUAUUAACCAGUUCCACGAGUACCAUUAAUCCACUACGAUGGGGAAUUUGAAAGUCUGUCUUCUCCUGGGUCUUGUGAUGUUUAUUUCACCUAUCGAUUGUAAGAUCGACUGUACUGUCAAUGGAACCCAGAAAGAAUGUCCUUAUGCAUGUCCUGAAACCUGCGAAUAUAAUGGUGUCGGACCUUGUGUAAAGAUCUGUGGAGGACCUUGUGUGUGUAAGCCAGGAUAUGUAAUUAAUCAAAGGAUUCCAGCCUGUGUCCUGCGCUCUGAUUGUCCAGCAGGAGUGGUUCAAAAAGAGGUGCAACAUAUGUUGAAAAUUUGAAGUGCUUUGGUCUAGACAGACAUUGCUAGUUACAAUAAUAACGGAUAUAUAUACUUAACGGAUACAUAUUAAUAUAUUAUUUGGGAUGUGGUUAACUUGUUUUUAAGCUGUGAAAUAAAUUAGUAGUAAAUAAAACGAUUUUGAACAAUAUUAGA